CCCAAGUCAAGAGCACCAGUGACAAUAAACACACAGCACUGCACCUGUGAAGAAUCCCUUUGUGCACUGGAAAUCUCAGAAAAGCUGAUGCAACCACCCACCUCUGAGAACGUGAAGCAAGUGGAGAUGUGACUGAUGAACUGGCUUAAUGCAUAAGGAUGCCUUGAAAGGAUACUAAGGGACCCAGACUGCCCCACUUAGGUCUGACUUCCUCAACCCAGCAAAGAGGUGGGGUGUGACUGCCAGGCACACUGGCUGCAGUAAAUUCUCAUUUGCCUGUUGCUGCACACCAUUCACUGAUUUCUGAGUCCAGGUGAAAGGAGAGGAGAGCACAGUCCACAUUUCCCCACACAAGCCUGGGAGAAGUGUGUGGGUCACAGCCAGGUGUUCCUCAUGGCUGUCCCUCUGUCAGUAGUGUCUGCUGGGCUGGUGGCAGGUAUCCUGCUCUCAUUGCUGCUUGGGAUCGCCAUCUAUUUCCUGUGGAAAAGGAAGUGUCUUCAGGGGCGGUAUGAAGAGCUGGUGUCUUCCACACCCAGUGUCCAAUCCAACCAGCCUGCCACCUCCCUGUCCUCCAAUCAGAACAGCACCAGCGGGAUCAUCCCUUUUGUGAUUCCUCCACAUUUCAUCACCCGGAGACACCUGGAGAAAGAAGAGGAGGAAAGCAGCUCCAGUGAUCCCUGCCACCACCACCGCAGGUCCUUCUAUACCAGGGGAUCCUUACCAUUGGGCAGUCUGAGGGCAAACCUGUACCGCUUCCCAGCUGAGACCUGUGACUGGGAGACCCCUCAGGACAAGGCGACAGGCCUGUGGUUCAGCGUGGAGUAUCGGCCAGAGACGGAGCAGCUGCUGGUGUCCCUCCUGAGAGCCACCAACCUACCAUCACUGUGCCAGGUCUUCCCCACCCUGGUCAAGGUGCACCUGCUGCCCGCUGAACGGCACCACGUACAGGCCAAGGCCAAACGCAAGAGCUGCAACCCGCAAUUUGGGGACAGCUUUGUCUUCCAGGUGUCUAGUAGGUCCCUGCCACAGCACACGCUGUGCUUCUCUCUCUGUGUUGUGGACAAGCAGAAGAAGCACCAGCCUCUUGGCCUGGUUAGAUUCCAUCUGUACGAGCGGGAUCUCAGUGAGGCGGCUGGGAGGGUGCUGUGGAGACACCUGGAAAAGGACAGCACUGAGUCUUGUUCAGGGCUUGGUGAUAUCCAGGUAUCUCUCAACUACAAUCAGUCUCUGCAGCGCCUCACUGUGGUGGUUCUGAGAGCCAGGGCGUUGCAGCUACACUAUGACAGAGAGCCAACAGGUGUCUUUGUCCAGGUGUCCCUGCAGAUCCACACAGAGCUGGUAAAGAGUAAGAGCACAGCUGUUGUCAAGGCAGAUCCCAGCCCCACCUUCAAUGAAACCCUGACCUUCAAUUUGCCAUCUUCCCAAUUGGAUGCAGCCUGCUUGAGACUGGAGCUCAGGCAGCUCUUGCCAGACCAGCAUCAGUCUCUGGGCCUGGUGGUGAUUGGUCCUUUCAUGUACGCUCGGGGUCAGGAGCAGGAGCAUUGGAAUGACAUGGUCAGCAAACCACAGGAGCUGAUCAAACAAUGGCAUACACUCCACAGCAUGGCAGGGACACAGAUCCCCUCUUGAUACUGAACACACUUGUCACUCCUGACACAUGACACGUGGCUCACUACUGACACUGAGUACACUUGUCAAUAUUGACACCACACACUGCUCAGUACUUACACCAAGCACUCUGCUCAACUGGCACUAAGCACACUACUUUACCUGACAUUGGGCACACUGCUCAGAGUUGGCACUUAGCACACUGCUCAGUACUUACACCAAGCACUCUGCUCAACUGGCACUAAGUACACUACCUUACCUGACGUUGGGCACACUGCUCAGAGAUGGCACUUAGCACACUGCUCAAUGCUGGCACUAAGCUCAUCGCUUCAGUAUGGACACUGCACACUCUGCCACAGCACUGACACUGGCCAUGAUGCCUCAGUAUUGACACUGGACUUGCUGUUCAGUAUUAACACCAAGCACACUGCCUCAGUCCUGACAUGGGGCACACAAAUAGUAUUCUUUUCACAUGUUGACCUUGAGCCUACUGAUACUGUUAACUAUCAAUACAAACACAGAAACAGUAGGUUCCUAGAUUUUAUUAUUACCAGAAGAAGAUUAUUCACAAUGAGAAAAUUAUCUAUUUCAAUCACAAAUCAGUGGACGGGACCAGACACUCAAACAGCAAGAAUGCAGACAGGGAAUGUUGUAGCUGUAGUUGCUGAGACUGGUGCUUUCUUGUAGCAUAAAUGUUGUAAAUUAAUGUAAUAAUUACAUAAAAAUGUAAAUAAAUAACACUGUUAAGUGGAUUUCUGAUUUAAGAGGUUCUGAGUGCACAUUACAACACACCUCAUUAACACCACAGUGCUUUUAAAUACAUCAAUUACUAGAGUCUUUGUCUGUGAGAGAACCAUAAUUUUGCACCAGUUGCUUAUGUAGGCAGUGCAGCAUGUCAGUGCAUUAAGAAAUCUAAAAUUGUCCACCUUCAAAAGUGCAGAGCUUUUCUAUAAAUGAUGCAAUUGGCUUCUUUACCAAGAAAUAGGUAAA